UCUCCGGCAGCAGAUCGGCUCGCCCGAUCAUCCGCCACGUGUCCUACCUCCGUCCCCUUCCUCCCUUUCUAUCUUCACAUUCACCCGAUUCCUCCUCCACUGCGGAGGAAGGUGAGGACUACCUCUCUCCUAUCUCUCUGUCUCCUUCCUGUUCUCUCUCUCUUACCCCGUCACCAUCGCCAUGAGCUUUGCAACGGAGCAAGUGAUCGGCGCGCAGCUUCUUACUCCGCGGGGGCGAAUCAGCGCCAUACGGCAGGUGCAGCGGCCCCAUCUCUGCUCUGAUCUCCUCCGGUUUGCAGCUUUCUUCAGUAUGUCGGCAAUCUACGCAGCGGCAGAGUUCCGAUUCACGGAAGAAGCAACUACGAGCGUUCUGGCCGAGAUCUCGGCCUUUCGACAGUUAUCCCCUCCUGGGAUUAGCCAUAUCGCCGCUGUCAACGUCUUUACAGGAGACAUCACCGUGAUUCCGUCGGAGAUUCACUCCGCCAUCUAUCGGACAUUGCGCGUCUGGGCUGGGGAAGUGCGGACAGCGUGGACCUCUCUCCUGGCUUGGCGAGGAGACACCGUCGUGCAGGCGCAUGACACGGACCUCCAGCUCCGCUCGUGGGUGGACGAUCUGCCCCUGGACAUCUUGUCGCACAGUGACAAGCAGCCUGGCACCCACAUGCUGUCUCGAAUGCUCGAGCCGCACCUUGCGUGGUCCACGUGCACGAAGAUUGACGAGGACAACUGUCUCUAUCCUUCCCAGGCGCUCUACCUGGAGAUCGACGUUACCGAUCUCACGUCUUGGGACCCGAUUGCGAGGCAAAACGCGGCGCAAGACGAGGAGAUAGGGGGAGCAGACGAAGAGGAGGAAGAGCAAGAGCCAUCGAGCGAAAAACGAGACGAUCCAGACUACGUACCGGAAAGCGAAGCAGGGAUAACCGACGAAUCGAGCCAACCGCGGGACGAUAACGAAGAGGAGGAAGAGGUGGAACCACACGAGGAAGAAGAAGAAGGAAACGAGCAAGCAAAGUCGGAGUACGAAGGAUUCGAGGCUGAAGUGCGCGACGCGGCUUGAGAAAGAGCACAAGAGCACAAAAAACGAAGGCGCCAGAAGACCGCGGAGGGAAAACGGCCCGCGACAAACGAUCCAUCGAUCGG